AUGGCCCAGGAGAACUUCGCUGGUGACAUAAGCGUGUUCCAUGCGGCUCUGGUCAGCUUCGUAACCACCAUCCCUGGCUCCAUUUCACCAUCCACAAUACGUCAAAGACUGCAACGGGUUUCACUCGCCAACUUCAACGAUCUCUGCACCGAUGUCUUUGAUGAGCUGCGCCGACGACAAGCCCAGGCCCUGAUGCAGGGCCUGAUAGAUAGCGACCAGCUCAAAGCCCUCCAGCCUUUUGCGACCAUGCACCCGAAGCGUAACUCGGCCCGGCAACGACUGUCCGCGCUGCCACUACACCGUUUUCUCGACCUGUGCAGAGACGUGCUGUGCGAGCUUGAGGACCGCUUCCCACGCCUCCUCAACGGGAAUUCGAGCCCGGUGGAACUACCCUCUGAGCCUCCACCCAAAUACACCUCAGGUGACUGGACAGCAACCACACCCUCCAACUGGAUCUAG